UCUUGGAAUGGAAACUGCUUGCUCUGGGGAAGCUGGUCCUGUCAUGUGAGGGAAGCCGGGAGCCGACUCAUUCACUCAUAUAAGUACGACGAUCGUUUCCUCCUUGAUCGAAGUCAAUCUUGACUUAUUCACGUUCAAGCUAUCGCUACAGUCCUCGGGAUCAAGAUGCAGCUCACUCAACUCCUCCUCGCUAUCGUCCCAUUCAUCGGUGUGUCGCAAGCCAUUCUUUGCUCGUGCGAUCGCAGUACGACUGCAUCAAUUACUUGCUGCCCGGAUAUUCAAAAAUGGAAUGGCUAUGAAUGUGAGCCAGCUGAUCGUCAAGCCUACACCGAUUGCUGUGCGGACCAGUUCUCCACUACGACCUUCUGCAGAGAUGGCAGUGUUUGAGCU